AUGGCGAGCUUCGCGCCGCCCGGCGAGCCGACGCCGUCGAUGCGCGACGGCUACAGCGCGUCGGAGGAGAAGAAGAAGCGGCGGCAGACGAGCUGGUACAUCAGCGAGUGCGGCCUCGCCCUCAAGCUGCCGAAGCUGCCCGUCCUCACGGCGCAGCACUACUUCCAGAAGUUCUACCAGGCCGAGUCCUUCAAGGCCCACGACCGCUUCCACGUCGCCAUGGCCUGCCUCUUCCUCGCGGCCAAGGUCGAGGAGUCGCCCGCGCGGCUCGGCAAGCUCGUCGCGACGUGCGGCGCGGUGCGCCACCCGAAGGCGCCGCCCCUGGACCAGCAGAGCGAGGCCUUCGCGGCGACGAAGCACGAGGUGCUCGUCAAGGAGCGCGCGCUCCUCUACGCGAUCGGCUUCGACGUGGAGGUGGAGAACCCGAUGCUCCACUUCAUCGAGCGCGUCAAGCAGCUCAAGGCGUGCAAGGCCCUGGACGAGGCCGACGAGCAGCAGUUCUCGCAGCUGGGGAUCAACUUCAUCGGCGACUCGUACCGGACGUCGCUCUGCCUCCAGCAGGCGCCGCAGAAGAUCGCGUCGGCCAUGGCCUUCAUCACGAUCAUCUACAUGCGCAAGCUGCCGCCCAAGUCGGACAAGGCGCGCCUCAACCGCAUGUUCGCGACGCUGUCCAUCUCCGAGCGGUCGCUCAACUCGAUCUGCUCGGAGAUGGUCAGCCUCUACACGGAGAACGCGCGCUGCCAGACGCUCAUCCGCGACCUCGCCCACAUGGGCCACCUCCACCCGGAGGUCCUCCGCGAGCUCGGGCUCGCGGGCCCCGCGCCGCGCGCGAGGUCGCCCGCGCCGGGCGAGCUCAAGCGGCCCCGGCCGCCUUAG